AUGCUCAAGAAUAUAGGACAUUUGUUCCUCUACAACAAUAAAUUGUCUGGUCCAAUACCAGAGGGGAUUGGUAACCUAACCAAGUUAGAAUACCUGAUACUGUCUGCCAACCAGUUAUCAUCAAUUAUCCCAUCAAGUUUAUUUCAUCUUGACAGUCUCAUUCAGCUAGAUGUGUCUCAAAACUUCUUGAUUGGCACAUUACCAGUUGAUAUAGGCUAUUUGAAGCAAAUUUACAGCAUGGACCUCUCUGCCAACCUCUUGCUUGGUAGCAUCCCAUAUUCGAUUGGCCAACUCGAAAUGAUAGCCUACUUGAACCUGUCACACAAUUCAUUUGAUGAUUCAUUGCCAGAAUCUUUUGGCAAGCUAACCAGCUUGCAAAGUUUGGACCUAUCACAUAACAGUCUCUCUGGUACAAUACCAAAGUACCUAGUCAAUUUCACCAUCCUGACCAGCUUGAACCUCUCUUUCAACAAGCUACAAGGUCAAGUACCAAAAGGCGGUGUCUUCAUAAAUAUUAGUCAACAAUCCUUGACGGGGAAUUCAGGGCUUUGUGGUGCUUCACGUUUAGGAUUUCCAAUGUGCCCAAGUAACUCUAAAAGAACUAAUAAUGGCCGCAUGUUGAAAAUUUUGCUCCCUACUAUCAUCAUAUCAAUUGGACUUGUAGCUUUCUGCAUAUAUGUAACAGCCAGAAAGAAGAUUAAGAAGCAGCAAGGGAUAUCAGCUUCUCCCGGUAUGGUUGACAUGCCCACCCAUCACCUGGUCUCGUACCAUGAGCUUGUUCAAGCAACUGAUAAUUUUAGUGAGAGCAACCUGCUAGGGUCUGGAUAUUUUGGAAAAGUUUUCAAGGGCCAGCUAAGCAAUGGUUUGAUUGUUGCCAUCAAAGUUCUAGACAUGCAGCUAGAACAAGCGAUGAGAAGCUUUGAUACAGAGUGCGGUGUACUACGGAUGGCACGACACCGCAAUCUAAUGAGGAUACUCAAUACCUGCUCCAACUUGGAAUUUAGGGCAUUGGUGCUUCAAUAUAUGCCCAAUGGCAGCUUAGAGAUGCUUCUACACAACUCUCAAGGUACAACACAAUUGGGAUUCAGUGAGAGACUAGGCAUCAUGUUCGAUGUGUCAUUGGCAAUGGAGUAUCUUCACCAUGAACACUACGAGGUGGUCUUGCACUGUGACUUGAAGCCUAGCAAUGUGUUGUUCGAUGAGGACAUGACAGCACAUGUGGCAGACUUUGGCAUUGCAAGGUUGUUACUAGGUGAUGAUAGCUCUACAAUCACAGCGAGCAUGCCUGGAACUGUUGGCUACAUGGCACCAGAGUAUGGGGCUCAGGGAAAAGCUUCACGAAAAAGUGAUGUAUUCAGCUUUGGAAUCAUGCUCUUUGAAGUCUUCACUAGAAAGAGACCCACAGAUGCGUUCUUUGUCGGGGAUAUAAGCCUGAGACAGUGGGUUGUUGAGGCGUUUCCUGCAGAACUUGUUCGUGUUGUGGAUGAUCAGCUACUACAAGGGCCUCUCACUAGCAGCAUGGAAGGCUUUCUUGUGCCGAUAUUCGAGUUGGGUUUGGCCUGCACUAGCAACUCUCCUGACCAAAGGAUGACAAUGAGCGAUGUGGUUGUGAAGCUGAAGAAGAUCCAAGUGGCGUACAAUAAAUCGAUAGCAGCUGCACCGAAUGAAGCCAGUCAUUAA